CGCUCGCCGUACAGCGCCGCCGAAAAACGUGCUCUCCGCGAAUGUUGUGACGAAACUAGACGUGUGUGUCGGAAACUUGCAGCGGCCACAGUUUAAACUCAAACACACCUUUGGUUUAAACCUUAAGCGUCGCGCGACUUUCACGUUGUAGCUGGCGCAGUUUAAAAGAAGAAGAAGAAAAAAAUCAACCUCGGGACGCUGGUGUUUACCCUCCACCGCUAAGCUAACGGCUAACACAGAGCCGGAGCGGGAGCAACCAAAACAAGGAGCUCGUCCCGCUCAACAUGUCAGCCGCGCAGAACGAGUCGAGGAAGCGGGGCAAGAAGCGGUACGCGGGCGGCCACCACGGCAAGCGGUGGAAGGGCUCCCGGGAGCUGGAGGUGGGCAUGGAGGGGAUCCUCAUCACAUGCAACAUGAACGAGAGGAAGUGCACCGCGGAGGCCUUCAACCUGCUCAACGAGUACGCCGACAACCUCUACGGCGCCGAGAAGUUGCAAGACAAUACCGGGAGCAGCAGCGACGAAGACGCCGAGGAAGAAGACGUUGACGUCGCACUGAAGAAGGAAGUGGCUCAGCUGCAAGCGUCCGGGAAAAAACAAGAGAGACGCUUCCAGGCUCUGGACAGCGGUGCGAACAAUGUCAUCUUUAUCAAAACUCAAAAUCUGGAAUCUGACAAGUUGGUUCAUCACAUCCUGUCUGAUCUCCACACCACCAAGAAGAAAAAGUCCCGAGUGAUUCUUCGGAUGCUACCGGUAACUGGAACAUGCAAGGCGUUCCAGGAUGAUAUGGUGAAGUACCUGACCACGUACUUGGAACCGUGGUUCAAAACCCCAAACUGUGCCACCUAUCAGAUCGCCUUCAAGGCCCGAAACAGCAGCCACAACAAGAGAGACGAGAUCAUCAAAUCCAUUGCAGGUCUUGUGGGGAAGCUGAACCCUAAAAACAAAGUGGACUUGACAAACCCAGAACUGACGGUCAUUGUGGAGGUCAUCAAGGCCGUGUGUUGCAUCAGUGUGGUGAAAGACUAUACAUUGUACCGAAAGUACAACGUCCAGGAGGUGGUAAAAGAGGAUGCACCGAAGCCCGACGUGACCACGGACAAAACGGAUGCUGACAAACCUGAGCAGACAGAGACGGAGACUGAGAAACAGAAACCGAAGGGGGAGGCGGGGGAGACGAACCAGGAAGGCAAGAAAGGUGCAGAGGAAAAUGACGAAAAUGUGUCGCAGGAUAACGAGGAGACUGUAAAAGGUCAAGGUGACGGCGAUUAAAGGUUUUCAUUUAAAGAAACCGUUUGUCAAAGAAAUAUGAAGUUACGUGAUAUUGUCAAACUUUUGUUUUUAAAUAGGAAAUAUGAGUUGAUUUUUUAAAAAUGACUGAUGACAUAACUUGACAAAAUGAGGUUGCCAAGAGUCAGACAAGAUCCGAAUAUCAUUUUCAAAUCGGUACCAACUUCAUCGAGAUGUCCAUUGUAAUAGCAGAGAUUUUGAAUUAACUGUACGUGUUCCUUGAUUCUGCAGCUUAACUUUGGCAACAGCUUAUGUUUUUUUUAAGCUGAGGUUUUUUUUGUAUGCCAUUUGUUUUUUAGACAUUUUAAAUUAAAGAGAACAGUUUGGUUCAGGUCUGCGCGUGUGUCACAUGUAGUGUUUUUGUACGACAUGUUUCCUAAAGAGGUCGUACCUGAAUUAAAGCUGCCGGUGUUUUUAACUGUG